UCAAGCUGAUAUUUCUAAGUGGAUUUUUUUCAUCCAAAUUUGACCUAAUUUAUUAAUGGAAUCACAUUCUUGAGAAUCAGUUCGUCAAUUCGUUCAAUUCUUAAAGCGCAUAACUAUUAUACUUAAGUUUAUACGUUUUCAACCAAAUGGGCAAGUUGGUAAUUUGAUUUUUCUUAUCCGGAAUGAUCAACCAAUCAGAAUUCUUCCUCCAUAGUGGCUUUCCGCAUACCUACAACGCGCUUAUCCGUUAAAAAAAUACUAUGACGAAAAUCCCCAGAAUUAAGUGUUUUCAGGUCUCGCACACACACAUGCACAGGCGUAGUUUGCCUAGUCGCUAGUACAGUACAAAUCUGUACUCGUUGUUACUCGAAAAUUUGGUUGACUUUUGUGACCCGUUGAAAGUGUUGUGAUUUGUCAAAAGCUGCGCGAGUGUAUGAAAAUAAUAAAAGACAUAAAUCAAUCAUAAAUAAAAUUGUGAAAAAAUUUACAAAUGGUAUUUUUUCGUAUAAAAGAUAAAUAUUUCAUACACCAAAUGAAAUCUGCGAUUCUAGCCUAAAUAAAUGACCAAUUGUUGGAAAAAUUUUGCACGUCAACGUUUUCUCACAAAAAUCGUCAUAUCCAAGAAACCUAAAGUUUCUUUCAAUUCGUGAUAUAAUAAUUGAUGGAAGAGUCGGAACAAAUAGAACGAGGAUAGUGUUUUGCACGGUGUAGGAAAAUAGUGUAUUCUUUAGUUAAUUUUCGUAUUUGGUGUCUUAUUUAAUGAUACUGGACUACGAGCAUCGUGAAACGGAGCGCAAAAGUUCUAAAAUGCCAUGCUGGUAUUAUGAGAAAAAAGAAUUGAGGAACACUCCUUCGAUACAAGAUGGAAUUGAUUAUGAGACCGAAUGUCGCUAUCGCAAGGAAGGAGCACGAUUUAUCAUUGACACCGGAACCAAAAUGGAUCUCGGUUAUAACACAAUGGCCACCGGAGUUGUUUAUUUUCACAGAUUUUACAUGUUCCACUCGUUCAAAAAUUUUCCACGUUACGUGACAGCAUGUUGCUGUUUAUUUUUAGCAGGUAAGGUUGAAGAAACUCCCAAAAAGUGCAAAGAUAUCAUCAAAACCGCCAAGACUUUACUCACCGAGCAAAAGUUUACAACUUUCGGUGAAGAUCCUAAAGAAGAGGUAAUGACUUUGGAGAGAAUACUUCUCCAAACAAUCAAGUUUGACCUUCAAGUCGAGCAUCCUUAUAGUUAUCUGUUGAAAUAUGCAAAAUGCUUAAAAGGUGACAAAAGCAAGUUGCAGAAAAUGGUACAGAUGGCUUGGACUUUUGUAAACGAUAGCUUGUGUACGACUCUGUCCCUGCAGUGGGAACCAGAAAUAAUAGCUGUCGCUCUCAUGUACUUGGCUGGAAAACUCAGUAAAUUCGAGGUGGUAGAUUGGAACGGUCGACAACCAAAGCAUUUGCGUUGGUGGGAUAUGUUUGUGGAGGACGUGACAAUGGAUCUUCUGGAGGAUAUUUGCCACCAAGUACUCGAUCUUUACUCACAGGCAAACAAUGUUCAGCUCCCAGAUUCACCGCCCCUCGUACCAUCCAAUGAAACGAACAGAGAACGUAUCGUAGUCCCACCCACGAUAGAAACUGCUCCAAGUACACCCAAUGGUUCGUCCUUAUUUCCUACUUUGCCCAUUAAAAACCUAAAAAAAGCUGCGACUCCAAGUAAAGUGGCGAAAAUAGAAACACCAACAGUGGCUGCGAACGGAUGUGCACCUCCGGAACCGAUCGAGGUUGUUCAAGCAGUUGAAAUACCACCAACGCAUUUCCCACCGUAUCCACCAAAUUUUACCCCAGCCGGUACAAGUUAUCCAGCCGUAUUUCCGCCAACGAAUAUAUCGGUUCCCCCGCCACCAGUAAACACGAUGAACCACAUUGUUUCGGCGAUGCGUCAUUUGGGAGCCUCUGGCUCAAUCCGAUCUAAUCCACCGACUCCAACAUCCGGUCAACCUUUUCAGCCUUAUGGUUAUCAAGCAAAUGCAACGUAUUUUCCUGCAGCUAAUGCCGCCCCACCCGUUACAGUUCAACGACCGUAUUAUCCCCCACAACCCUGAACAAUGUACCCAAAUACAAAAAUAUACACUAUUUGUACUAUUGA